AUGGAUAUCGCAUACGAUCAUAUUCAAGAGGAGAUCUUCUCCUCCAAUGAGUCAUCGAAGAAAGAAGGCUCACAACACGACUCCAAAGCCAACUCCAACGUCGACCUCAACACCGAACUGCAAGAGACAUUUCGCGCCUUUUCCGCGAGCCCCUGGGGGAUAAAGAUCGGUGGUCUGUGGGAUAAUGUCCGCAAACAAGGCGAGAGUUACUAUGAAGGAGCCAGGCAAGAGUACGCCGCGGCCAGCGAGGAGGCCGCCAAGGGCCUCUCGGACUUGAAAGAGACAAUCGUUGGACGCACGCGAGGCCUGUCGCUAAGUACAGCUUUUACUUCUGCGUCGUCGGAGAGAAGUAAGGAUGAGACGCCGACGCCCACUGCGUCCCGAGCAGGAGAAAGUCAGGAAGAGGGACACAGCGAUGCUGGCGCAAGCGAGGGUUUCCUCUCCCGAUUCAAGGCAGAGGCUGCAAGACGACUGAAGGAGAUUGAGAAGGCCGAGGAAGCUGCAGAUGAAGCGAUUCUGCGCUUUGGUAUGACCAUUGGCCAAAAGCUGCGGGAGGCGGUCAGCAUUGUGCCGCCAGACGCGGAAUCGUCAAACAAGAUCCUUUUCGAGAGUAAGGAUGCCGAGGGGAAGAGAGUUAUCCAUGCGACCCGGUUUGAGGCUCAGCUACAUGUGAUCCAUUCCAACCUGGAGAGCUUCACCAAGGACCCUGUCAGUGACAAGUGGGCCGCGUUCAAGGAGGAGUUCAACGUAGACAACAAGACCGACGCCAUUGCCGCGGAUUUGGAGAAGUACCCUGAGCUGCGAUCCGCCAUGGAGAAGCUUGUUCCUGAGCAGGUCGAUUAUGCAACCUUCUGGUCUCGGUACUAUUUCCUCCGCCUCGUGAUUGAGACCGAAGAGCAGAAGCGCAAGGAACUUCUUAAAGGCGCCAAUGUGGAUGAAGAGGAAGAGGUUGCUUGGGACGAUGACUCCGACGACGACACCGAUUCCCCAUCUACUCCUCAGGUCAAGACCAAUAAUACAACCCAGAUUCCCACUGUCGACAGGAGUAAGCUGCUCAAGCCUGACGAACCCCGGCGCUCGAACGACCAACAGUCUCAGCCGGACAGUGAAUCCAGCUAUGACCUUGUCAGCGGCAACACGAGUCGUGCGCCUGGCAGCCCUAAGGAGAAGAGUCCAACGACUGCGGCCAAGGACGACGACAGCGACGAAGACUGGGAAUGA